AUGUGUCGUGGGGUCGUCAGGGAGACCCCCGGGGUCGUCAGGGAGGACCCCGGGGUCGUCAGGGAGACCCCCGGGGUCGUCAGGGAGGACCCCGGGGUCGUCAGGGAAGACCCCGGGGUCGUCAGGGAAGACCCCGGGGUCGUCAGGGAGACCCCGGGGUCGUCAUGGAGGACCCCGGGGUCGUCAUGGAGAACCCCGGGGUCGUCAGGGAGGACCCCGGGGUCGUCAGGGAGGACCCCGGGGUCGUCAUGGAGGACCCCGGGGUCGUCAUGGAGGACCCCGGGGUCGUCAGGGAGGACCCCGGGGUCGUCAGGGAGGACCCCGGGGUCGUCAGGGAGACCCCCGAGGUCGUCAGAUAGACCCCCGGGGUCGUCAGAGAACCCCUGGGAUCGUCAGAGAACCCCUGGGAUCGUCAGAGAACUCCUGGGGUCGUCAGGGAGACCCCGGGGUCGUCAGGGAGACCCCGGGUUCGUCAGGGAGACCCCGGGGUCGUCAGAGAACCCCUGGGAUCGUCAGAGAACUCCUGGGGUCGUCAGGGAGACCCCGUGGUCGUCAGGGAGACCCCCGUGGUCGUCAGGGAGACCCCCGGGGUCGUCAGGGAGACCCCCGGGUCGUCAGGGAGACCCCGGGGUCGUCAGGGAGACCCCCUUGGUCGUCAGGGAGACCCCCUUGGUCGUCAGGGAGACCCCCGGGGUCGUCAGGGAGACCCCCGGGGUCGUCAGGGAGACCCCCGGGGUCGUCAGGGAGACCCCCGUGGUCGUCAGGGAGACCCCCGUGGUCGUCAGGGAGACCCCCGUGGUCGUCAGGGAGACCCCCGUGGUCGUCAGGGAGACCCCCGUGGUCGUCAGGGAGACCCCCGUGGUCGUCAGGGAGACCCCCGGGGUCGUCAGGGAGACCCCCGUGGUCGUCAGGGAGACCCCCGUGGUCGUCAGGGAGACCCCCGUGGUCGUCAGGGAGACCCCCGGGGUCGUCAGGGAGACCCCCGGGGUCGUCAGGGAGACCCCCGGGGUCGUCAGGGAGACCCCCGGGGUCGUCAGGGAGACCCCCGUGGUCGUCAGGGAGACCCCCGUGGUCGUCAGGGAGACCCCCGGGGUCGUCAGGGAGACCCCCGUGGUCGUCAGGGAGACCCCGGGGUCGUCAGGGAGACCCCGGGGUCGUCAGGGAGACCCCGGGGUCGUCAGGGAGACCCCCGUGGUCGUCAGGGAGACCCCGGGGUCGUCAGGGAGACCCCCGGGGUCGUCAGGGAGACCCCCGGGGUCGUGA